UCUGCAAUCGGUUGGUUCAAUAACCAGACAGGCCCACCCGCUUCUCCUUGCCGUUGCGAGCGGACCACACACGCUCAUCUCCAAUUCGAGCACAACUUUUCUGCCUCUGCAGCUCUGCCUCUCGACAACAAUGGCGCUCCUCUCUCCUUUUUGAUGCUUGGAACAAACCCAUAUCAGAAUUCCAUGGAUACCCUGCUCAAAACCCAUAACAGGCUCGGCUUUUUGCAACCCCUUUAUGGAUUUUCCAAGAAAGUCGGCCACUUGAGCUCCCCUAGGAUUCAAUUCCAACAAGACAUCAGAUUCAACCACAGCAAGUAUCACCUGAAGGGGGCUAAGCAAUAUGCUUGCUGCGUCAAGGCUAGCAGCGGUGCUCUUCUGGAGCUCGUUCCCGAAACCAAGAAGGAAACUCUCGAUUUUGAGCUUCCCAUGUACGACCCCUCCAAGGGUCUCGUGGUGGACCUCGCAGUUGUAGGAGGAGGGCCAGCGGGGCUCGCGGUGGCUCAGCAAGUAUCAGAGGCGGGCCUGUCGGUUUGCUCGAUUGACCCGUCUCCGAGACUGAUUUGGCCCAAUAAUUAUGGUGUGUGGGUGGAUGAAUUUGACGCCAUGGACUUGCUAGAUUGCCUUGAUACCACAUGGUCUGGGGCGGUUGUGUUUAUUAACGACCAUUCGACAAAGGACCUUAGCAGGCCAUAUGGGAGGGUCAACCGAAAGCAGUUGAAGUCGAAGAUGCUCCAAAAGUGCAUAUCAAAUGGAGUUAAGUUCCACCAAGCUAAGGUCAUUAAAGUCAUCCAUGAAGAGUCCAAGUCUCUUCUUAUGUGCAACGACGGUGUCACAGUUCAGGCAUCGAUUGUUUUGGAUGCUACUGGCUUUGCUCGCUGCCUCGUUCAGUACGAUAAGCCCUAUAACCCGGGCUACCAGGUCGCAUAUGGAAUUUUAGCUGAGGUUGAAGAACAUCCUUUUGAUUUAGAUAAGAUGGUCUUCAUGGACUGGAGGGACUCGCAUUUAAAUGACAAUAAAGAACUGAAAGAGAGAAACCAGAAAAUCCCAACUUUUCUAUAUGCUAUGCCUUUCUCCUCUAAUCACAUAUUUCUUGAAGAGACCUCUCUUGUUGCGAGGCCAGGGCUCCCCAUGAAGGAUAUUCAGCAGAGAAUGGUUGCUCGACUAAAACACUUGGGCAUUAAGGUGAAGGCCAUUGAAGAAGAUGAACAUUGUGUAAUCCCGAUGGGUGGGCCCCUGCCUGUUCUUCCUCAGAGAGUCAUCGGUAUCGGUGGCACAGCAGGAAUGGUGCACCCUUCAACUGGGUAUAUGGUAGCAAGAACCCUAGCUGCAGCUCCAAUUGUUGCAAAGUCCAUAGUAAGCUAUCUCGGUUCAGACAAACGCCUUGUGGGGAAUGAAUUAUCUGCCGAAGUGUGGGGAGACCUGUGGCCAAUUGAUAGGAGAAGGCAGAGGGAGUUCUUCUGUUUCGGAAUGGACAUUCUGCUUAAACUUGAUCUACCAGGCACGAGAAGAUUCUUUGAUGCUUUCUUCGACCUGGAACCUCAUUAUUGGCACGGAUUCUUGUCCUCUCGACUGUUUCUGCCUGAGCUUAUAUUCUUUGGGCUGUCAUUGUUCUCGCACGCCUCCAAUACCUCAAGAGUUGAGAUCAUGGCAAAGGGAACUUUACCUCUGGUGAACAUGAUCGGGAACUUGAUACAGGACAGAGAUCCUUGAAAUUUCUCUGAGUACUUGCUCAUUCAUUAACAGCUCUGCUUCGGGUAAUUCAUUAUACGAAUACAAAAGAACUAGUUCUUGUGCUAGCCUUUUUCGGUGGAUGAGAUGCACUUCCUUUCUUUCUAACAUUUGGAGAAUCUCAUUGUCUUGCAUUAUGUAUAGCUCCAUUUUCACACGUGAUGCAUUGGGUUAUAUGAGCCAAGUUGAUUCGUGUUUCCA